AACUUGUUUUGUUAUGUUUGCACAAGUGUUGAGAUUUAAAUGUUUGCGUUUUUAAAAGGACUUCUUGCUCCAAUGCUCGCAACAAGAUCAGUCUUAGAUCUAUAAAGGGCGUACCCUUGUAAGCUUCAUUCAGGAUGUAAUAUUAGGGUUCUACCCACCUUCUGUGAAUUAAUGGUCACAGGACCUCUAUAAACAUCUCUCUUACAUUGAUCCGAAUUCACUUCAGGCGGUCAUCAUGGCGGGAGGAUUUCUGCUGCUGAAAACCCUCCUUGUGUUUCUGUCUUUUUUACCCGGGUCACGUGGAGACAACUAUACUCUGGGUGGACUGGUUGCUUCCUCGAUUGUAACAUUCUUUGCCUUCAUCGCCAUGAUCGUAAUGUUGGUUCUUGUUAUAACCUGGAAUCAUUGGUUUCCAAAAUACCAAGCAUGGCAAGGAAAGACCAAAUCACCUAGACCAAUAAAACCUAAAUUUGAGUUUCCUAAGCUGAAUGGAGCUCAAAGUAUUCCACUAUCAACCAAAACUACGCCAUCGCGACCAGGGUCUCGCCCAUCUACACAGCGAGGCGGUACACUAACAAUGAUACAAAACGGAACCUCUAAAAAUGCUAUAUAUAAUUCUGUCUCUACAGAUCACUGGAUACAAGAAAUUCCAACACCACGUUAUGAAGAAAAGAGUAAACAAAUAAACUUCGAUGAAGAAGACGAAGAACAGGUUAUAGUAACGGAAAUCGUGACAGAUUCAAACACAACUCAUAUUCCGGUGACAACGCCACUUUCAAACCACAACCAGAAUAUCAGUCUUAACGAGACUGUCAAGGCAGAGGAAAUUCAGAUGACAUUAGAAAAACAACCUAUAGAAAGUAAGGGAACGACAAACGGGGUCAUGAACUUUCAUUUCCAAGACGACGAUGAGGCCGUGGCAAAUUUAAGCGCCAGUAGGCGGGCCCAAAACGAGGACGAAUUGAUACUGUAUUAGUUGAGUUUGUACAAUUUAUGUGAGCCAAUAAGUUUUAUAACAGCAUUCUGACGGAGAAUGGCCUUCUGCUAACUGUAAUCACAGGGGCUUGCUUCUGGCGUGUAAAAAAUAUUUAUUAAAAAAACAUACACGAUUUUCUGUUGACAUAGUAUAUCGUGUAUGUUUUUUUUAAACAAAUAUUUUUUUACACGCCAGGAGCAAGCCCCCGUGUAAUCCGAGAUUCCUCUGAUUCUAACCCCUGCUUUUAUAUAUAUUUUGACAUGUGCACAAUAUAAAAGCAGGGGUUAGAGUCAGAGGA